GAUGUUAAAGCUCCCUAAGGAUUUCAGGAGCAUGAACGCGAAUGCAAUGACGUAUGCUAAGAGGCAGGCAGGUGGGUGAGGAGGACGUCAGUUGCAGAUUCGCUGCCCUGGGAGGAGUCUUCGUGACAGAACUGGGUCUUGGAAGGGACGUCUGAUAACCUUAAUUAAGGAAUACUCGGUUCUUCGACCUAGAACUCUCCAGAAGUACGUGGCGAUUCCUUGAAGAAGGGAACAGAAGAGUUCCUCACCCAAGGGCGCAAGACCCUGACCAACUAUGGAAGCUCGCCAGUGAUCUCCCCGCUCGCGUGUCUUUGCUUUUACUGGCAGGAGAACCUUUGACGAUUGGCUUGUGGAUAUGGACCGUCGAGGGUCAUACAGGGACGAGACAGCAGUGACUAAUGGGCGUCGUAGCUCCUCCAGGGACGUCCUCCAGGACACAGAGCGUCGUCCAUCCAUCAGGGACGAGCUAACAGUGGAUAAGAGCCGUCGCAGUUCGUUUAGGGACGUCCCACAGGAGUCAGAACGACGUCAGUCCAUCAGAGAUGAUGUUCCUGACACUGAACGCCGUGGCUCUUUUAGAGACGCCAACGAACGCCGAGCUUCUUAUAACAAAAGCUCCUCGCAGGACGUAGAGCGUCGUGGUUCGUUCAGGGAUGCCCCACAGGAAGCAGAGCGACGGGGUUCAUUCAGAAAUGACGUAGCAACAGACAACAGACGCCGCAGUUCAUCUAGGGAAGACUCGCAGGAAGCAGAGCGCCGCGGAUCGUUCAGGGAUGACGUAUCAGUAGACAAGAGACGCCGCAGUUCUGCAAGGGAUGUCCCACAGGAUGUAGCGCGUCGAGGUUCAUAUAGGGAAGACAUCACAGCAGACAGAAGACGCCCUAGUUCUUCUUUGGACGUACCAGUGCAGGAUGCAGGGCGCCGUGGUUCAUUCAAGGACGUCCCACAGCAAGGAGAGCGGCGAGGUUCCUUCAGGGACGCCCCACAGGAAACAGAACGACGUGGUUCCUUCAGGGACGCCCCACAGGAAACUGAACGGCGUGGUUCCUUCAGGGACGCCCCACAGGAAACUGAACGGCGUGGUUCCUUCAGGGACGCCCCACAGGAAACAGAACGACGUGGUUCCUUCAGGGACGCCCCACAGGAUGCAGAACGACGUGGUUCCUUCAGGGACGCCCCACAGGAAACAGAACGACGUGGUUCCUUCAGGGACGCCCCACAGGAUGCAGAGCGACGUGGUUCCUUCAGGGACACCCCACAGGAUGCAGAACGACGUGGUUCCUUCAGGGACGCCCCACAGGAAACAGAACGACGUGGUUCCUUCAGGGACGCCCCACAGGAUGCAGAGCGACGUGGUUCCUUCAGGGACGCCCCACAGGAUGCAGAACGACGUGGUUCCUUCAGGGACGCCCCACAGGAAACAGAACGGCGUGGUUCCUUCAGGGACGCCCCACAGGAUGCAGAGCGACGUGGUUCCUUCAGGGACACCCCACAGGAUGCAGAACGACGUGGUUCCUUUAGGGACGCCCCACAGGAAGCAGAACGGCGUGGUUCAUUCAGGGAUGAUACGAGGCGACUCAGUUCCUCAAGUGGCUCUUUCAGGGAUGUCAAGGAACGCCGGGCAUCAUAUAACAGAGACGUCUCGCUUGACGAAGAGCGCCGUGGCUCCUUCAUGGACGUCACUCCUGACGGCGAGCGCCGACGAUCGAUCAAGGACGAAAUCUUAGAAGCCGAGCAAGCUGAACGCGACCUCGAAGAGAAUGACGGCGAUCAUUCCCGCCCCAUAUCUCGCAACAGCAUCCUGAGGUCCCCCAUCCCAAUCAUCGACAUCCAGGAACCACAGCCAGACGACCACAUGACCCCCACUGAGAGCGAAAACGAAUCGGAGCUCGAUGCUGAGUUCAACCUCGAAGAACAUUCACAGAGCCUCCAGUACAGGAAGUCCCUCAGUGACAUCCUCCCAGACACUCAAGCGGUGCCCCAGCUCGUCACCUAUCAGCAAGUACUCGACGAGGAUAACGAGAGGCCACGUAGUAGGUCGAGCGUUGGGUCGGACGCCGAGGGCGAGCAAAAGGAGCCCGCCCGUGACUGGAUAAAACCGCCCACUGACAGAGGGCCACGGCUCUCCAUUGGGCAGGGAAUGUUCAACCUGCUAGUUAGGAGGUUCAGCUCAGCAGGAUCAGAGGACCCGCCUCCCGCAGAUCAAAACACCAAGUCCCAGGAAAAUGAAGUCAGUAGAUCCCCAAGAGGUUCAAUAACAAAUCUAGAUGUUCGCAAACUAUCAAGAGGUUCUACUGUGGACCAAGAAGUGUCAAGGUCACCAAGGGGUUCUAUUGGGGCUCAGGGCAGUAAAUCACCGAGAGGUUCUUUUGCUGACCACGGCGUUUCAAGGUCACCAAGAGGUUCCAUUAGUGAACAGGUCAGCAAGUCACCAAGAGGUUCCAUUGGUGAACAGGUCAGCAAGUCACCAAGAGGUUCCAUUGGUGAACAGGUCAGCAAGUCACCAAGAGGUUCCAUUGGUGAGCAGGUCAGCAAGUCACCAAGAGGUUCUUUCGCGGACCAAGAGGCUUUCAGAUCACCAAGAGGUUCCGUAGGAGAAGAGGUGGAUAAGCCACCAGAAACCUACUGGUCCCCAAGGAGUUCCGCUGGCGAGCAAGAUCUCAAGGCAACAACGGAUUCCUUUAUAGAGAAAGAGACAUUUUGGUCACCAAGGGGGUCCAUUGGGGAACAGCAUAGCCUUCCGCCAGAGGAGUCCAUGACAGGCCAGGUUUCCAGCUCACCAAGAGCUUCCAUUGGAGAACAAGUUAGCAAAUCACCAAGAGGGUCUUUUGUGGACCAAGAAAUUUCGAGGUCGCCAAGAGGUUCAAUUGGGGGACAGGUCAGCAAAUCACCAAGGGGUUCUAUUGGGAACGAGGGAGCGUCAUUGUCCCCCAGAGGUUCAAUCGGGGGGCAGAGCGGCAAGUCGCCAAGAGGUUCCAUUGCGGAUCAAGAGACUGAGAGGUCACCAAGGGGUUCCAUCGGAGAACAAGUCAGCAAGUCGCCAAGAGGUUCUUUUGUGGAGGUUUCGAAGUCGCCAAGAGGUUCUUUUGUGGAGGUUUCGAAGUCGCCAAGAGGCUCAAUUCCCAGCCAACCCCAAAAGUCCCCUCGAGGUUCUUUUUCCGAGCAGGAGGCUUCCCGUUCCCCUCGAGGAUCCACUGCGGGUGAGGUCGCGUCACGGAAGUCCAGUACUUUCAGGGGCAGCCACGAAAACUUCGAGACCGACCUCCCAGAAGAAGACCGCUAUCAGGACCACGGCCUGCGAGACUCCAUUAGCCACGAGGACCCUGGGUUCUCCCUCACCGCCUCCCUCACCUCCUUCAUCAGGAGGCUGAGCGGUGGCAAGAUCGUCACAGACGUUAUCAGUAACACAGAUAAUUCUCUGCAGGAAAUCGACACCUCGCACACGAACGGCAAACUGCGCCACGACGACCACGAGACGCCGAGCAAAGUAAACCUUCCGCCCGAGACAAUGACGGCCAAUAUAGACACUCUCGAGGUCCAGCCGACGAAGGAGACCGAGCUGCCUAAGAAGUCUGUGCAGAGCAUCACAACCGUCACCUUUUGCGGGUGCGGCUUCCUGGGCGUGUACCUGGUGGGCGCCGCGACCUACCUGCAGGACCACGUGCCUUCCCUCCUCCGGGGACGCCUGGCGGGGUCGUCCGUCGGGUCCCUCAUCGCCACCUGCAUCGCCUGCGACGUCCCGUUGCAGGUCCUGCGCGAGAACCUCCUGUCGACGGCCAGGAUGUCCCGCAAGUACAUCCUGGGCUCCUUCAAUCCCUUCUUCUCUCUCGAGGACUCGCUGCUGCAGUGUACCCUGAGGGCCUUGCCUGAGGACGCCCACAUCAGGGCUUCCGGACGCGUGUUCCUGUCCCUCACAAGGGCUUCGUCUCUGGCCAAUGAGAUUGUGAGCGAAUUCAACUCGAGGGACGAACUAAUCCAGGCCUUAGUAUGCUGCUGUUUUCUGCCUGGCCUCUCCGGAUACUCGGUGCCUGCCUUUAAGGGCCGCAGAUACCUCGACGGCGGCCUCACCAACAACACCCCCAUGAAAGGCGAGGACACGCUGGCCAUCAACGCAUUCUCGGGAGACUUCGACAUCAUGCCUGACGAAGACGAGGACCUCUUGGGCCAGCUCCUGCCGAGGAUCUUCGGGGUGUCCAUGACGAGGACCAACCUGAGGAAGGUGUUCAGGGCCCUCCUCCCGCCGACGCCAGAAGAACUCGAUAAAUUCUAUUACUACGGAUACGCCGACGCCCAGAAGUUCGUCCCUGUGGCCGGGGGCGGAAGGAGGAAGAGCUUCUUGAAUAAUUUCUUUGGGUAGAUAAGAAGGGAAUUAGACAAAAGGAAGAGUUAAAAAGGGGAGUAAGGAGAAAGGAGAAAGAAUUAUAAAAGGGGGAGAAGAAAGAAGGAAGAGCUAAGAAAGGGGAGGAGAGGAGAAAGGAGAAAGAAUUUAAAAGGGGGGGGAGGGGAAAGAAAAAAUAAUCAAAAGGGAUUUGAUAGAAGGAGAAGAAAGGAGGAAGAGUUAAAAGGGGAGUAAGGAGAAAAAAUUAAAAAGGGAAGGGGAGAAGAAAGAGAAAAAAACGGAGGGUAUUUAUAAAGGGAAGAGAAGAAGUGGGAGAAAAAAGGAAAGAAAAGAAGAUAAAUAAACAAAAAAAAAAGAUACAGGAAAGAGGGUGAAUCAGCUACUUGAAAAAUAUCAGUAAAUAAACAAAAAAAUUGUAGAAGAGGAAGAAAAACGAAAACAAAGAACAGAAAAGCAAAAAGGAGACAGAGAAAAAGUAAUAGUUUAAAAGAAAACGAACAAGAUAGGAUAAUUUCUCCCGAAUAAUUUCUUUUGAAAUACUUUUAGGAUUUUUUUUUUUUUUAAUAGAUAGUUUGAAAUAGAAUAGAUAUUUUGAAAUCAUUUCUUUGGGAUAAAGAGGAAAGCAAGAAGAAGGAAGGAAUACCAGAGGAUUAUUUUUGAAAAAGGGAAAAAGGGAUAAAUAAACGUGGAUAAAUAGGAGAUAAAAAAGAGAAAGUGAAGAAAUAUUCCGUACAAAGUAUCCUUUUUUUCUUCUUUUUUUGGUGGGAAUCGAAAUGAUAAUAAGAAGAAAAAAUAGAAAGAAAGGAGAAAGAUUUGUUGAAAAUUUUGCUUGUUUUUUGUUUUACUUUUUAAUUUUCAUUGUCUUUUGUUUCUUUGUCUUGUUUUUCUUUGGUGUGUAAAAUUUUAUUUUCUCUUUUUUUUUAUCUCUGCCUAAAUAGUUUUGCUGUUGUUCGUAAAAUAAGUAUAUAUAUAUAUAUAUAUAUACAAAGAAAGAAAAUAUUUUUUUUUAGAAAUGUUCGUUCUGUUUGCGAUGGGAAAGUAUUUUAUUAAUGUGUUUUUCUUUCUUUUUGUCGCUUUCUUCUUCUUUUCCAUUUCCUUCCUCUCUUUCUCCGUCAGAUUAUCUCGCUCCUUUUCUAUUUCUUAUUCUUUCUCCGUUUCAUUUUUCUUCUCUUUCUUCUUCGUCUCUUUCUCUUAUUCGUUCUCUUUCUCGUUCCUCUUUUUUUCGUUUUCUUUCUCCUUCUCUACUUAUUUUUUCUUGUGUGUCUUUAUCUUGUGCUGUUUCGUUAUUCCUUCUUUCUUCUUAGCUUCCUCUCUGUUGCUGGUUUUCAUUUUGCUCGUGUAAUUUUUUGGUGUCUUCUUAUUCUCUCUCUCUCUCUCUCUCUCUCUCUCUCUCUCUCUCUCUCUCUCUCUCUCUCUCUCUCUCUCUCUCUCUCUCUCUCUCUCUCUCUCUCUCUCUCUCUGUGUGUGUGUGUGUGUGUGUGUGUGUGUGUGUGUGUGUAUGUGUGUAUGUGUGUAUGUGUGUAUGUGCAUGUAUCUUUCCCUCUCCCUCUCUUGUCUAUCCUUCUCUCUCUUUACCAUUCCAUUUAUCCAUCUCUGUCUCGGUUUCUUUCUCGCCUAAAGCAUACUUGAUAAACAGCACAACAACGAAAACCACAUCGUCCUUCACCUGGCAACAUGGAACCGUUCUGAGAUUGCCGUAUUUAUAGAAAUGGAUCGAUAAAUAAAUGAAUAUAAGCGCAUUUGCAUAUCAAUGUCAGUGGUUCAUAUGCCAAAUGGAGAGAGACGUGUCCAUGAAUCUGAAUUAAAAACAGAUGAAUAUGCAGAGCCAUUUUACCAGGUUAUUAUAUGCCCUUGGCGACUAUCAGAUGUUUAAUGGCGUCAAAUGUAGGGCACUUGUUUUAAAUGUGUUUAUAAUUGGUUUGAAACAUGAAGCAUGAGUUUA